AAGAAUUAGAGAAGGUUAAUUUGGUGUGGAGAACUAAACAUACAUUUAAAAAAGAUGAAUGGUAUAGUGCAGACAAAUGGUUUUUAAAACUGAAUAAUCUUUCGCAUACAUAUUAUAAUUCUUCAAAUUACCCUUAUAUCACACAACUCAUGGAACAUGGUUCAGGGACUUCUCCAGUAAAUGUUGAAACAAUUGUUUCGUUUUUAUAUAGGUACAUUUACUUUAAAUAUAGUGUCAAGCAAAGCUAAUAUAAACUGAGAAUAAAUUUCAAAAUAACUUACAAAUUUCAUUUUUGUCUCUUCUCGUCAAAUCCAUCACAAAACACUCGGCAAAUAUUUACCCAUGCACCUCGUUUUUUCUUCUGGCCAUGGUAAUUUUCGACAGCGACAUUCCAUAUCUUAGGAUAAUUUUUACCUCACCAAUAAAUAAUUCAAUGUCCAAAUCCUCUUGAUUUCCUGCCAUUUGCGCGAUUUACGAAUUAAAAAACCCGUUGUAAAAUAAAAUAUGCACUGACCAAUAUGAUACAAUGUACUGAGCGACCACAAGUGACGGCACGGUGACAAUACACAAAAAAGUCGUUCCUAUGGAUGUCAUUAUUUUUCAACUGCUAUUAUAUAACUACUUACGAGGAACCUUGUGAAAUAUAUUUAAAUUAAAUAUUCAUAGUAUGGAUAUAC